GAUGACAAAAUGAAAAAAAUAAUACUAUGGAAACUUAUUGUAUAGAAGAAAUAAAAUGAUGAGUAUAUAUAAAUAAGUAGAGAAGCUAUUAAAUCAGUAUAGACCCCUCACCUACGCUCUAUAACUCUUUGACUCCUCUCUCUCCUGCUUUGCUCCGCCGUGAGAGAGAAACAAAUGGGGAAUUGUCAAGCGGCGGAGGCGGCAACGACGGUGAUACAACAACCAGACGGUAAAUCGGUUAGAUUUUACUGUACAGUAAACGCGAGCGAAGUGAUUAAGUCUCAUCCCGGUCACCACGUGGCUCUCCUCCUCUCCUCCGCCGUACCUCACGGUGGCUCUCUCCGCGUCACUCGUAUAAAGCUUCUGCGUCCUUCUGAUAACCUCUUGCUCGGCCAUGUCUAUAGACUCAUCUCCUCAGAAGAGGUGAUGAAAGGAAUAAGAGCCAAGAAAUCUGGAAAGAUGAAGAAGAUUCAUGGAGAGUUUUCUGUUGCAGAAGAAGAGAUUAACUCACUAACCCUAAGAUCUGAAUCUGCUUCUGACAAAGACACCCAGAGAAAGAUACAUGAAAAGCAGAGAGGGAUGAUGAACACAGGAGGAGCAACCAAUAAAGUUAGAGCUUGGCAGCCUUCUCUUCAAAGCAUCUCAGAAUCUACAAGCUAAAACACUUCGAUCGUUUUUUUUUUUUUUUUACUGUUGACUUUUUUUUUUUUUGAUCAUUUGAUUUGUCUUUGUGUUGUUGUUUUUCCCAAUCAAAUUUGUAAAGGAAGAAAACCCAUUUGAUUGUGGUUGAAGAAGAAGAAACUUUUGUCAUUUUGUAACUUAAUAAUAAUAACUGAAGAAGAUCCAAAGGA